AUUAUUGUUAAAAAAGAAAUAUUACUAUUAACUCUGUUGUUCUCACAAGUGUCCUCCACCCUCAUCUCAUUCUCAUCUCAUCUAUCCAUUUUAGAUUCAAACAAACAGUUUUUUGAUUGAUUGAUUCUACAAAAAACAAAAUUCAGUUAUCAAGAUGCGUCUUUAACAUUCAUCACCUUCACAUUUCUUUCUUUUUUUCCUUUUCAAUUAGAUCACAAUACAUACUCAUUAUUUCUUAAUCAUUUAAUUAACAUUUCUUAAUCUCGUGUUUCGAAUGCAUCGUUACGUCUUUUGAAUCGAAUGGUAGAUGGUAUGCGGAAUUUUGAUUCGAGCUGGAAUUUUCACCAAGAGAUUGUUGCCAUUCAAUUACGUUCGGAGGAAGUGUUUGCAAAGAGUUGUUGUUUUUCAUUCACAAUUUGUUGCGAAUCGCGUGUUUAGGAAUAAGUACAUAGGGAUGAUGGUUGAUACAGGUUCUAUGUCAACAAGGGCUGGACCCUCUGUGGAGGAUACUGUGUCCCACAAAGAGGAUGAUUCUGCUCGUUCUGGUUUUGUUACUGGUGGAUGCAAGAGUGAAGAUGAAAGACUUAGCUGUGGGUAUUCAAGCUUUAGGGGGAAGAGAGUGACCAUGGAGGAUUUCUAUGAUAUUAAGACAUCAACCAUUGAUGGCCGAUCAGUGUGCUUAUUUGGAAUAUUUGAUGGUCAUGGUGGUUCUCGCGCUGCUGAGUAUUUGAAGGAUCAUCUUUUUGAGAAUCUCAUGAAGCAUCCGAAGUUUUUGACGGAUACCAAAUUGGCUAUAAGUGAAACAUAUCAGCAGACGGAUGCUGAGUUUUUGAACUCUGAAAAAGAUAAUUUCCGGGACGACGGUUCUACUGCUUCAACCGCUGUUUUGGUUGAUAACCGUCUUUAUGUUGCUAAUGUUGGAGAUUCUAGAACUGUUAUAUCAAAAGCUGGAAAAGCAAUUGCUCUCUCUGAAGAUCAUAAACCUAAUAGAAGUGAUGAACGGAAGAGAAUUGAGAAUGCUGGGGGUGUUGUCAUGUGGGCAGGUACUUGGAGAGUUGGAGGGGUGCUAGCAAUGUCCCGUGCAUUUGGCAACCGUAUGCUGAAGCCAUUUGUUGUAGCAGAACCUGAAAUCCAGGACCAGGAGAUAGAUGAAGAAACUGAGGUGCUUGUUCUUGCAAGUGAUGGACUCUGGGAUGUAGUACAGAAUGAGGAUGCUGUUUCUCUUGCACGCGCGGAAGAGGGAGCUGAGGCAGCUGCUCGUAAGUUAACGGAAGCCGCUUUUAAUCGUGGUAGUGCAGAUAACAUUACUUGUAUUGUGGUACGAUUCAAUCAUGAAAAAAGACACGCAGCUAAUCCUGAUAAAGCUAGUACAGCUAGCAGUCAGCAUGAGCAGAGACAAUGAAAAGCACACGAACAUGUGCUUGAUUUAUUGAGGGAAGAGUCUGCACAUGCAUGAUGGCUGACCUGUGCAUGUCAAACAACUGAUAAUUUGUUUAUUCAUCCGUUUUGUAAUGUAAGUCACUCUUGUAUUGUGAUCAUUUAUGGAUUCAUGCUCUUUCUAAAACUUAUUAUGGUGUUUGCUAUAAAUAAGUUUAUGGCUUGUAGAGGCUCCAGUUUGGUAUUUUUGUUUUGUAUCUAAUAAAUUCAACGUGCAUCUUUUUGCGUUAUUCA